AUGGAAGUGUUUGCGACAGGUGAAGCUUGCCCUUCGCGUCGCGGGGAAAGCUCACUUCCCCCUCAGGGCUCACCGCCUCAGGGAUCAUCAUCAAACCGACCAAACAUGACCGCAUCAACCAAGAGUAUCUAUUACUCUGUCCCUCACCAGAAGUUCCUCGACGUCCCAGGAUUGCAAACUACAGUUAUGGAGCCUCCACAGUGUCUAGUCUCUCAGAAGUCGUCUGAUUCGGGUCUCCAUAUCCAGCUGCACCCACUCGUUCUCCUUACUAUCUCCGACCAAAUUACCCGACAUGCUGCCCGACAGCAGCAUGGGCCGAUAAUUGGUGCUCUCAUGGGCCAGCAGAAUGGACGGGAAAUUACACUUGAGCAUGCGUUCGAGUGCCCGGUUACUUGCGGGCUGAAUGAUGAGGUUAUUUUACCAGCAGCAUGGUUUGAAGAGCGUCUUCAGCAGUUCAAGGAUGUGCACAAAAACCCUGCUCUCGACCUUGUUGGAUGGUGGUCAACCGCGCCAUCGUCCGGGCCGAACGACGCCCAUCUUCCCCUCCACCGACAGAUCCUCCAGGACUAUAACGAAUCUGCCGUCUUCCUCGCCUUCCAUCCCUCACAGCUUCAAGAUUCAAGUUCAAGCGGCGGCAAGCUUCCUCUGACCGUGUACGAGAGCGUCCAUGAAGGCGAUGCCGCCCCAGAUGCAAACAAAGACAUGCAGGUUGAUGGCGAGGAGCCGGGGCUGAAUAUCAAAUUCAGGGAGCUGCCCUACUCAAUGGAGACAGGAGAAUCAGAGAUGAUUGGCAUUGAUACUAUUGUUCAGGCUUCUGGCACCGCUUCUUUGAAUGCGACACAAGAACCAAACAAGCGUGCGCAGCAGACAGAACAAACAGAGUCUAAUAAGCAGAGCUCACAGGUUGAACUCUCACAAGAGGAAGAGGAGCUAAUCGCAAGCCUCAGCACUCGUCUCAAUGCCGUUCGCACCCUCGAAUCCCGCAUCUUCCUCAUCAAAUCCUACCUAUCCAGUCUCUCAGAAGAGGAUUUCACCUCAGAUCGAUCAAAGGACAAUACAUCUAUGACUAAGCUGUCACACCCAAUCCUCCGCAACAUCAACUCUCUCCUCUCGCACCUGUCCAUCCUCUCUCCGUCGGAGCAAAGCACCUUCUCCACUGAAGUACUUUCGCAGAACAACGACGUCCUAUUGAUUUCGCUCCUUGGCCAACUUGGCGACAACGUCAAGGCCAUGCGCGAACUCGGCCGCAAAUCUGCAGUCGUUCAGUCCGCACGCGUAGCCACCGCCCGCAAGGAUCCAUCUAUGCUCCAAAGGAGCUUCAAUGAUGAGUUCUAUAGCCAGGGUGGGCGUGGGGGUCCUGGAAGUGGGAUGUAUCCGUGA